AUGGAGGAGUAUGCUAGGGAACCUUGUCCUUUUCGAAUAAUUAGUGAUUGCGGCGCAGCCUUUGCAAUGGGAACCAUAGGUGGUGGGAUAAUUCAUGCUUACAAAGGUUAUCGAAACUCUCCAUCGGGAAGGUUUCGCAAGCUCUCUUCCGCAAUAGCUCAGAGUCGCAUGAAAGCACCUUUGCUUGGUGGUGCUUUUGCGGUAUGGGGUGGUAUGUUCACUGCCGUAGAUUGUACUUUGGUGUUUGUGCGCAAAAAGGAGAAUCCUUGGAAUUCGAUCGCCAGUGGUGCUAUCACAGGAGCUGCGCUUGCUGUUCGUCAUGGACCCACUGCAAUGGCCGGUCAAGCUGUCAUUGGUGGGAUAAUUCUCGCUAUCAUCGAGGGCCUUGGAAUCAUGAUGAGUCGUUUUGCCCCAAUGCUCAUGCAACAACCAGAAACUCCGGUCGAGCAGCCCCCACUCUCGGAAGGAGGCAGAGGCGGAGGCUUUCUGAGCAGCCUCUUUUCAGGCAGCACUGGUGCUUCUGAGACGAACAUCAAUCAGUCUACAGUGCCCGCUCCAUCGUGCGACAGUCAGCCUUCAACUAGCGGGCGAUUCAUGUUUCAGUAG